AUGACUGUCGCACGCAACAUCAGCUGUUACUCGAUAUCUGAUUCAACAGCAUCCAAUAAUUUUCAGUUUUGUGCUAUUCGUAUUUAUCGAAGUCAGACUGCAGCAUCAAAUAUAUCAUCUACAGUAUACAAUGGUCUUCGUUAUAUGAAUACAUUUCGUCGAUUAACUGAAAAGGCUUGUAACGUUACUGUGGCUAGGUCACUAGCAGACACCGGUGCUUGGAUUUGUGACGGAACACUCCCAUACGAAACGUACACAUCUAUGGAUCUUUGUGUUUGUGCAACCGAUAAUUGUAACGAAAAUUUAACUUCUUGUCAAAAUUCAGCUAAUAAUUCUACAGACAUGUUGGGAUCGGCAGAAUUCAUGCCAAAUCUAACUUUGAUUAUUUCAUGCAACGACACAUCCAAUGACAAUUAUACAUGUAGUAUGCAUCCAUUUAUCAACAUUCCACUAUGUCAAGAUUAUGCCAGAAAAAAUAGUGUAUUAUGUGCGAUCACAGUCAGUGGAACUACAACAACACAGGAAUCCUUAAUCGACGAAAGCUACGAAACUUAUCUUUCUGACAAGGUUUAUCAAAUAAAAACUGUAGUAAACUUAGUAUCGGUAGACUCAUACAAUGAAACACAAAGUAGCGUCUAUUUCAAUUAUAUGACUCCAGCGGCGAUGCCUUUUGCAGAUUGUGCUUGUACAAGUUUUUUUUGUAAUCAAAAUAUUACGACAUGUAACUUGCAAACCCCUUUGGAAGUUGAAACAACAACGACGACCACUACUACCACUACUACUACUACUGCUACUACUGCUACCACUGCUACUACUACUACUACAACAACUACUGCUACUACUAUCACAACAACAACUACUGCUACUACUAUCACAACAACAACUACUGAAAGUACAACUACUGGAGGUACAACUAUCACUGAUACUACCACAACUACUACAACUACUACAACUACUACUACUACAACAACGACUACGACUGGGACUUCAACUACUCAGAAUGCAAAAACGACCACGACUGGGACUUCAACUACUCAGAAUGCAACAACAACAACNCAACAACGACUACGACUGGGACUUCAACUACUCAGAAUGCAACAACGACCACCACUGGGACUUCAACUACUCAGAAUGCAAAAACGACCACGACUGGGACUUCAACUACUCAGAAUGCAACAACAACAACAACAACUGGACCAGGAGGUGAAAAAGGUCUUGGCAGUGCAGCAACAGCUGGUCUCGCUUGUGGCAUUAUUUUCUCUGCUCUUAUAUUCACCGGUGAAAUUUUAUUCUUUAAAUUUAUCUACUCGGGUGGCUUAG